CAAAUUGAUUUCAUGAGUGUUCCAAUUAUUACCUAGUUUAUUAAUGUAACACUAAGACGAGACUUCCAACAUCAUUAUACAAAUUCAAGAAGAGUGUAAAAUUGUUGUAGAUCUUACUCAAUUAAGGAGAGAGCAUUACAACGUAUUAUCAAAAAAAGAAAAAGAUGAGGCUUUGUUAAUGCUAGGACCAAAUCCUUUAUUUAAUGAUUUUAAAACAGUAAGUUAAGCUUUUGGAACCACCAUUAAAAAUUUAAAAAGAUGGCUUAGAUGUGGUACAGAAAGAAAAAAAGGAUGUGGCAGAAAAAAACUUAAUCCCUAUGCAGAGAAGUAGUUGAUUGAUUGGGUUAUAGAGAAAGUUUAACAAACAGGCAAAAAGAUAUCGAGAUAAGAAUUAAGAGGCAAAGCAUUAGAGUUAUUCAAAAAUUAGCAUUUUUGUGCAUCAAAAGGAUUUCUUGAUAAAUUUGUAAAAUCCUAUUAAUUAAAGAAUAGGAUGAAUGAGUAAUGUAUUCUUAAUAAACUAGAAUCCUAAAAAGGAUUGGAAAAUUAAACACUAAAAACUUUUACAAAAAAUCAAAAUAGAUUUAAACCAAAAUUGAGGAAGAAUUAUAAGUAGAAACUGUUAAAAAAGAAGAAGAAAUAGAAGAAGUCAAAAUAGAAAAUAUUAAUUUAAAACACAAUAAAAACUGUUCUGUGUUUUAAAUUUAAUGA